AUGAGGAGGCACACGUGGUUCCCCUUGCAGUACAUCUCCAAGCCCUUCUGGAGAGCAGAGAAUCACAACACGACCAACUUCUUCUCUGCAUUGUACGGCUUCCCUAACCAAUCCUUCUUCCACAGUGAUUUGGACCUGGAGGACCUGGGAGACUUUGACAGCGGCACCAAGUAUGAGGGCGAGUCCCAGAGCCGGACGGUGAAGGUGCUGCUGAUAGUAGCCUACUCCGUGAUCAUCUGCAUCUCGCUCUUCGGCAACAUCCUGGUGUGCCACGUGGUGAUCAAGAACAAGAGGAUGCACUCAGCCACCAGCCUCUUCAUUGUCAACCUGGCCGUUGCCGACGUGAUGAUCACCAUUCUGAACACCCCCUUCACGCUGGUGCGAUUUGUAAGCAGUACGUGGGUUUUUGGAAAGCUGAUGUGUCAUAUAAGCCGGUUUGUUCAGUACUGCUCUGUUCACGUGUCUGUGCUGACUCUUGCUGCCAUCGCCCUGGAUCGCCAUCAGGUAUGCGAUAUACAUCAAUCCCUACGCUUGCUAGAAAAAUAA